ACGAUCGGAGCACUGGUCGAGUUCGGCACGGCAGCACUAGCAGCAGCAGCAGCAGUAGCAGCAUCCCGGAAGUUAUCACUAGCGGUCCUACAGCAGCAUCCUGACACGAUCGCUGAUCGCUGGGCAAUAGAGAGAUCCUGCAAGAGGCAACUGCUACCGACGCGUGCACUACUACUCCACACCUGCGACAGUUUCGACAGCAAAAUGCUGAACGGUGCAAAGAUCCUUUCCGGCACGGAUGUGGCCAAAGAAAUUCGCGAACGGCUGAAGAAGGAGGUGGCCGAAAUCCGACGCCAGGUACCGACGCUUGUGCCUGGGCUCGCGAUCGUUCAGGUCGGUGGGCGCGAAGACUCGAACGUGUACAUCCGCAUGAAGAUCAAGGCGGCGGAAGAGAUCGGCAUGUACGCCGAGCACGUGCAGCUGCCCCGUUCCACUACGCAGGAUGAGCUGUUGGCAACGGUCAAGCGACUUAACGAGGAUCCUUGCUUCCAUGGCAUUAUCGUGCAGAUGCCACUCGACUCGGAAACGCCGAUCGAUGCACAUCUCAUUACCGAUGCCGUCUCGCCGGAAAAGGACGUUGAUGGCCUGAACACGAUCAACGAGGGACGCGUCGCAACGGGCGACAUGUCCGGCUUUUUGCCCUGCACGCCGAACGGUUGCAUGGAGCUGAUCAAGCGCACCGGCACACCGAUCGCCGGCUCGUACGCCGUUGUGAUCGGGCGCAGCAAGAUCGUCGGUACGCCGAUGUCGGAGCUGCUCAAGUGGGCCGAUGCCACCGUUACGGUGGCCCACUCGAAGACGAAGAAUCUCAACUUGCUGAUUAAGAAGGCGGACAUACUGGUGGUUGCCGUCGGGCGUCCGGAGAUGGUACGGGGUGCAUGGAUAAAGCCCGGUGCCGUCGUCAUCGACUGUGGCAUCAACUCCAUCCCGGACCCGACGAAGAAGAGUGGCCAGCGGUUGGUGGGAGACGUAAAGUACGAGGAGGCACUCCCCGUUGCGUCGCACGUUACGCCGGUACCUGGAGGCGUCGGGCCGAUGACGGUAGCGAUGCUGAUGCAGAACACCGUUCAGUCUGCCCAGAGAGUUGCCCGGAGAUUGAUCGAGAUGGAGUUCCGCUGGUGCCUGAAGCCGCUGCCACUGAAGCUUACCGAACCGGUUCCGAGUGACAUCGAGAUCGCCCGUGCCCAGGAGCCGAAGGAUGUGGCGGUGCUGGCGCAGGAGAUUGGGCUAAUACCGUCGGAGGUUUCGCUGUACGGCACCAAGAAGGCGAAGGUAUCGCUGAAGGUGCUGCAGCGGCUGCAGUACGAGGACGAUGCUAAAUAUGUCGUAGUCGCUGGAAUAACGCCCACACCGCUGGGAGAGGGUAAGAGCACUACGCUGGUCGGCUUGGUGCAGGCCCUGACGGCGCACAAGCGCUGCAACUCGAUCGCCUGCCUGCGUCAACCGUCGCAGGGGCCAACGUUCGGCAUCAAGGGUGGUGCGGCCGGCGGUGGCUACUCGCAGGUGAUCCCGAUGGAGGACUUCAAUCUGCAUCUGACCGGCGACAUACACGCGGUCACGGCGGCGAACAAUCUGCUCGCCGCCCAGCUGGACGCCCGCAUCUUCCACGAGGCGACGCAAACCGACCAGGCACUGUACGAGCGGCUGGUACCGGCGGUGAAGGGUUCGCGCAAGUUUGCCCCGAUCCAGCUGCGCCGGCUGAAGCGGCUCGGCAUCGAGAAGACGGACCCGUACGCGCUGACGCCGGACGAGAUCCGGCGCUUCGGCCGGCUGAACAUCGAUCCGCACAACGUGGUGUGGACGCGCGUGCUCGAUGUGAACGAUCGGUAUCUGCGCAAGAUCACGAUUGGGCUGUCGCCGACGGAGAAGAACCUGACGCGCGAUACCAGCUUCGCCAUUUCGGUGUCGAGCGAGAUUAUGGCCAUCCUGGCGCUGGCCACCGGGCUGGAGGACAUGAAGCAGCGGCUGGCGAAGAUGGUGGUUGCCUUCGACAAGGCGGGCACGCCGGUCACGGCCGACGAUCUGGGCGUGACCGGCUCGAUGAUGGUGCUGCUGAAGGAUGCGAUCGAGCCGACGCUAAUGCAGACGCUCGAGGGUACGCCCGUGCUGGUGCAUGCCGGCCCGUUCGCCAACAUUGCCCACGGCUGCUCGUCGAUCGUGGCCGACGAUAUCGGCAUGAAGCUGGCGGGCAAGCGCGGCUACGUGGUGACGGAGGCCGGUUUCGGCUCGGACAUUGGGAUGGAGAAGUUUUUCAACAUCAAGUGCCGCGCCUCGGGCAAGGUGCCGAAUGCGGUCGUGCUCGUGACGACGGUACGCGCGCUGAAGAUGCACGGUGGCGGCCCGAUCGUGACGGCCGGUGCGCCGCUGCGCCGCGAGUACAUGAGCGAAAAUCUGGACCUGCUCGAGAAGGGCCUGCCGAACCUGCUGAAGCACAUCGAGAACGGGCUGAAGUACGGUGUGCCGGUGGUGGUCGCGAUCAAUGCCCACGGUACGGACACUGCCGCCGAGCACGAGCUCGUGCAAAAGGCGGCAAAGGCUGCCGGUGCGUUCGAUGCGAUCGUUUCGAACCACUGGGCGAAGGGAGGGGAGGGUGCGGCCGAACUGGCCCAGGCCGUCAUCGAUGCGUGCAACCGGCCGUCCGAGUUUAAGCUGCUUUACGAUCUGGACAUGUCGAUCGAGGACAAGAUCGUCCGCAUCGCGAAGGAGAUGUACGGUGCCGGCACGAUCGAGCUGAACAGCAAGGUGCGGGAUGCCAUCCGGCUCUACACGGAGAAGGGCUUUGGAAAGCUGCCCAUCUGCAUGGCCAAAACGUCGAUGUCGCUGACCGGUGAUCCGAGCGCCAAGGGUGCCCCGAAAGACUUUAAGCUGGUCAUCAACGAUAUCUGCCUGUCGGCCGGUGCCGGUUUCAUCGUGCCAAUGUGUGGCGAGAUUUCGAAAAUGCCGGGCCUGCCGACCCGCCCGUCCAUCUUCGAUAUCGACCUCAACACGGAAACCGGUGAAAUCGAAGGACUGUUUUAAAAUGCAACCCCAAAGCAGGAAACAGUUUUUAACCAAAAACGCAAUCACGUUCAACGUUUCUAACGUGUUAGUAGCGACCACUACUACCAUCACCACCACAACAACACAUCGUGCUGUUUGGUUGUGGUGAAAGGGCAGCUGAUGGCUUAUUUUUGAUCGGUAGCUUACACACACACACACAAUCCUUUGCUUCCCCCUCUUUUUAGACUAUGAAAAAUAAAGUAACAAACUAAUCUCAUUGACCAAUUAA